AGAAAGAAGCCAUUAACAACAGUGAGAAACAGGUAGCUUCUGCAAACAAGGACCAUUGAAACCAGAUUAACUUUUACCCACCCAACAGGCAUUCAAGAUUCACCAACCACCUUAAUUAGUCUCAAUAACAUCACCUCCACAGCUCCACUCGCCUUCACAUUUUUCUUCUGCAUCCCUAAAAACCAAACUUUUGUCUUCUCUGCUUGGCUUGCUAUGGCUGAAAACCCAGUAAAAUGUCUGUUUCUCAUUCUAACGGGCUGCCUGUCUUUCGCUUUCGUCGUCUCGGAAAGCAACUCAUUAAUGAAGAAGACCUACAUCGUCCAAAUGCACAAGUCUGCAAUGCCAGCAUCAUUCGCCACUCCCCUGGAAUGGUACUCGUCGAAAUUGAAGUCAGUGAUGUCCAAGACCCAGAGUGAAGGUGAUGAAGAUAGGAUCAUUUAUAGCUACCAGAAUGCUUUUCAUGGAGUUGCUGCUCAGUUAACUGAAGAAGAAGCUGAGAGGCUGAAAGAAGAAGAUGGUGUGAUCGCUAUACUUCCCGAGACAAAGUAUCAACUGCACACCACAAGGAGUCCCAUGUUCCUUGGAUUAGAAGCAGAAGAAAGUACCAGCAUCUGGUCUCAAAAACAUGCAGAUCAUGAUGUCAUAGUUGGAGUACUUGAUACUGGAAUUUGGCCAGAAAGUGCAAGCUUUAAUGAUACAGGGAUGACUACGGUUCCUUCUCACUGGAAAGGAGCUUGUGAAACUGGACGAGGCUUUCAAAAGCAUCACUGCAAUAGGAAAAUUGUGGGUGCAAGAGUGUUCUACAGGGGAUAUGAAGCUGCCGCUGGGAAAAUCAACGAGAAAACUGAAUAUAAAUCGCCUCGAGAUCAAGAUGGGCAUGGUACUCACACGGCAGCCACUGUUGCCGGCUCUCCGGUACGCGGCGCGAAUCUUCUUGGUUACGCCUAUGGAAUAGCUAGAGGAAUGGCGCCUGGUGCAAGAAUUGCAGCUUACAAGGUUUGCUGGACUGGUGGGUGUUUCAGCUCAGAUAUUCUGUCGGCAGUUGAUAGAGCGGUGGCCGAUGGAGUAAAUAUUUUGUCAAUAUCUUUGGGUGGUGGGGCAUCAUCUUACUCUCAUGACAGCUUGGCGAUAGCAACUUUUGGAGCAAUGGAGAUGGGUGUUUUUGUUUCUUGUUCAGCUGGCAAUGGAGGACCAGAUCCUGUCAGCCUCACAAAUGUAUCACCAUGGAUCACCACAGUCGGUGCUAGCACCAUGGAUAGAGACUUUCCUGCUACUAUUAAGCUAGGAAUCGGGAGAACCAUAGCCGGAGUUUCACUCUACAAAGGCCGGAGGUUUCUCCAGGCAAACAAGCAAUACCCUCUUGUUUAUAUGGGGAGUAAUUCAAGCAGCCCUGACCCAAGUUCAUUAUGUCUAGAGGGAACACUGGAUCCACAUAUUGUUUCUGGGAAAAUCGUGAUAUGCGACCGAGGAAUAAGUCCUCGAGUGCAGAAGGGUGAAGUAGUGAAAGAUGCUGGAGGAGUAGGAAUGAUAUUGACAAACACCGCUUCAAAUGGGGAAGAGCUUGUUGCAGACUGUCACCUCCUUCCAGCAGUUGCAGUGGGAGAGAUGGAAGGGAAAGCUAUCAAACAUUACGCUUUAACGAAUCGAAAAGCGACCGCAACUCUAGCAUUUAUUGGUACCAGAUUAGGUGUUAGGCCGUCACCGGUGGUGGCAGCGUUUUCAUCAAGAGGACCAAAUUUCCUCACACUUGAAAUUCUGAAACCUGAUGUCAUUGCACCAGGGGUGAAUAUCCUUGCAGCCUGGACCGGAGAAUUAGGUCCAUCGAGUCUUCCUACAGAUCAUAGGAGAGUGAGGUUCAAUAUAUUGUCCGGAACAUCAAUGUCAUGCCCUCAUGUGAGUGGCAUUGCUGCCUUGCUCAAGGCCAGACAUCCAGAUUGGAGCCCUGCUGCAAUCAAAUCUGCUCUAAUGACAACCGCCUAUGUUCACGAUAACAUCCAUAAUCCUCUCGAAGAUGCUUCGACGGCAUCGGCUUCGACUCCAUUCGAUCACGGUGCUGGUCACAUCAACCCAUUGAAUGCUCUAGACCCAGGUUUGGUUUACCACAUAUCAGCCCAGGAUUACUUCGAAUUCCUUUGCACACAAAAAUUGACAGCAAUGGAGCUAAAAUCCUUUAGCAAGCAUUCCAACAUGUCUUGUCAUCACAACAAGGUUGCCAGUCCAGGAGACUUGAACUACCCAGCAAUCUCAGUGGUCUUCCCAGAAGAUACAGCCAUUUCAACAUUGACCCUCCAUAGAACUGCCACAAAUGUUGGCCCUCCUAAUUCAAAUUACCAUGUUGUAGUUUCGCAAUUUAAAGGCGUGACAGUCGACGUCGAGCCGAAAUCUCUGAAAUUCACCGGAAGAAACCAGAAACUAUCUUACAAGAUCAGUUUCACAAGAAGAUCCCGGCAAACAAUGCCCGAGUUUGGAGGGCUGGUGUGGAAGGAUGGAGUGCACAAAGUAAGAAGCCCCGUUGUUAUCACGUGGUUAGCACCAUUUUAAAUGGGAACGAAUCAGAUUAUAUUUUUCAGUCAGUUGUGAUUCCAAAUAAACAAGAUGUUUUCUGUAAGGUCCAAAGGGGAUAUUUAAUCUUAUCAUUACGAAGAAUGCAUUUAUUUCAAUCGAGUUAAUUUGAU